GACACUCAAGGUGCUGGCAGAGGGAGACGGAAAACAGAGACAGAAAGCAGAAGCAAAACAGUAAAUCACAGACCGAGUGAGGGAAAGGAAAACAAAUCAAAGAAGUGCAGCUCAGCUGAGGACUUAAUGAAUGCUCAUCCAACUGGCUUAAGUUUUCCCUCGCUCACUCUGCCGUGAGCGGGCGUCACUGAAAGGAUUUCAUUUCGGUCCACCGAGCAGCAGCAGAGCUGUAAAUGACUACCACUGGUUUUGGAUUAUUUCAUGGCGGCCGUUGGGAUUGAAUGGGGAUGACGGCAUCAACGGAAGAUGAACCUUGAUUCUCUGGAAAGCUCGAUCCAGUACCUGUUGUCUGGGCUGUACCCGCCCUUUGAGGCCACCGCCCCCACUCUCCUCAGCCAGCUCUUCCAAAUCAUCGAUAGUCGUUAUCGGGGCGAUGCUCUGCGGUGCCUGCUGGACUUUCUGGUCCCAGCCAAACGCAUCUUAGAAACCGUGCAGCAGGCUGCAUGCGCUCAGUACUCGGAUGUACUUUUCCUAUGUGAGGGCUGGCCUCUGUGUUUGCGUGACCAAGUUGUCAUCCACCUCGCUCCCAUCAACCCCUCGCUACUUCAGCCUGGCGACUUUUACCUCCAAGUGGCACCAUUCUGUACCCAGUCAGCUCGCAUCUUGGUCUGCAGCCUCCUGGAAGAGGAAGGGCUUAUAGUGGAAGUUGUAGAGGAGACUCCGAUCCUUGAUACAUCCUAUCCUUGUCUUUUUAGUUGUGACUGGUUAAAGGAGAUCAACCAGGGCCGCCAUGGAAGGCCUCUCAGCCAGUGCCUGCUCGCCACUGGGCGGGGCGUGGUGAGGUUGCCAUGGGAACGGGUGGCUGUGCCGGAUUUUGUGGAUGUGCCACUGUGUGCUGGGAGUAGUAUGGCCUCUGCUCCUCACACAUAUCCUCCUGUACCGCCUCCGCUUCCUCGUCCUUCACCUCUUUCUCAUUUUCCUGAGAAUUCUUCAUCCAAUCGUUCACAUCCUCUUUCUCCAAAGACACCUUCACCUAAGCAGCAUCGUGUAACCAUUCAAAGUUCAACUGCAUCAUCUUCCUUACACCCCUCUGCCUUCUCUGUGGAGACCCGAAUAUGUCCAGCGAGGCACGGCAUUGCUGUGUCACUCUGCCUGGUGGAUACUAGCGGUGCUUCUUCAUCUAGACUUGUUGCAGUGAAAGAGACUGAGAGUGAACCUAGGCCUAUUGGCUGGGUGUCUCCUAAUUCGUGGGACUUUCCUGGAAGAGGCCCAAAUACAGCAAAACAAACUAGCCCCGUUUUAGGUACUAGCACCCCUGAAAGUGGAGAAGCUACCUGCAAACGUGAAGAUAAGGGUGUAAUUGUUUCAGAAAUUACAGGACUAGAUAGUCAUAAACAUACAAACAUUAAAGACACAACAAGGAGAGAGCCAGCAGGCCGCACUGUUGCUGAAGGAGAAUAUAUUGAUAUCCUUCAGGCAACUAUGCUUUUUAGUAGAGCUCAGUCAUCAACUGAAGAACCGCAAAAAUUAGAAGUGCAAAUGCAAUCGCAUGCACAAAUCAAACCGCAAAUGCAAAGAUAUCCACAUAGACAAGCACAAAUGCAUCCAUGUGCACCAAUGGAGUCAUACAGGCAAACACAGAGGCAGCCAAACACACAGACAUCACCUCAAGCACAGUCACGAGCACAUGGGCAGUUUCCUACAAAACCACAAACACAAAGUCAUUCUGGAUUAGAGGCUGCUGUAUCAUUGAAACCCAACAUGUCCGACGAAACCGCUCUCCACCAUUCCACAUCCCACCCCCCUCACCCGGACCCUGACUGCGUUGAACCUUUCCAAUGUGUCCGUACAGUCCGUUUCUCAGAGAAACCCUGCACCCCGUGCAUGAGGAGAAGGCAAGGCGGAAAGGCGUCCAAAUCUCAGGAGCUGAGGUGUCGAUACAGGGAUUCCUACCAGGCUGCUAUACAAAACCCUGUCCCCUUUGGACAGGAGAAGGACAGGGGGAAUAUGUUGGCUGUGGUGGAGGAGGGUGGGGAUUUCUCACAGUGUGAGAAAAGACCUCUGCAGACCAACGCAGGGCGCAAUGUUCCAGGAACGUGGUUUGAUUCUGUCAGUGGAGCCAUCUGUAAGGAGUCAGGAGAGAAGAACAUUGUUCCAUAUUGGAAAACCGGAGAUACAAACACUGCCCCCUGUAAGGACUACGGGGGGACAAAUGUUUCAAAAGUUGGUGGGCUACCAGAACAAACAGCUGAAAGGACCACUGUGCGUUUCACGGAACCAAGGGAUUUACACAAUGUGAACGGGACAAGCUUGAACGAUCCUAACCAGUCAGAUGCAACGAUGAACUUGACCCUCAAGCCUCGUGAAAGGCUACAAAGUAGAAACGAUUCCAAGGGAGUUGGUCCACACUUUCCUCGGUCUCUUUCAGCACCACAGAACAGACAUGAAUUCAUCUCAGAUGGAAGAUGUUCAUCCCUCUCCACAGCUGUGGUGGACACCUCAGAAAAGUGUGCCCUGGUCAUUGUUGAAGGUCAAAACGUUAGAAGAAGAGACGAUACAGGGUCCUGUGCAGAGAUUCCCCAGCUGCAUGUAGUCAAAUGUAAGAACAGCACAGCCUUUGGACUGGUUUCACCCAAGAUCAACAGGAGGCAGACGGUCAUUCCAGAUGCUGCUCAGCCUGGCAGCAAGUUCUUAACCAGUAGAAGUGGCCACCAGAUGGGGAACCCGUCAGAGAGAGAUCCACCUCCAGCAGCAGAGACCCAGAAGGUCUCCCAGUCGGCCUCUAGUCGUCCCAGACCUGACCACCUUCCCCUGGGAUCCCCUGACCCCAGAGCCCAGCCCCUCUACUCAGGAUUGGCCUCUAUCACAGGUGGCAGAGACAGGACAGGCAGGGCGAUAAUUGAGCUCUAUGGUGACCACCAGGGAUGGAGAUCUUCUGUAACCAGUCAAGAACUCUUACAGAUGCUGCUCUACUUCCGCACUAUCACCAGGAGAGAAAUCAGAGAAGCUGGGCUGAUGCUAAUUUUUGAUUCAAGGAGGACAAAUCCUCAGCCGCAACUCUAUAAGGCCUUAAUGACGCUUCAGGAGCAGAAUCCCCAUGCAGUAAAUUGUUUUGUGCUGCUGGUGAAUAAGGAGAACAGCCUUCGACCAGAGAGGUGUCCCGGCAUCCAGCAGACUGAAGUGGUGACAUCCAUGAAAGCCUUGUUCAAGCUGGUGGAGAUGAGUCAGCUCAGCUCCUGCCUGGAUGGCACACUGCCCCACAGCCACUGUGACUGGAUAGAGCUGCACCAGAAACUUUUCCCAUUUGUGUCUGAUCUUCAUGAGGCGGCCAGCCUUCUUCUGAGGGCCAUCAGUGAGUUAGAGGAGCCCCAGGGGACGGACACUGUACAGACUGUGCAGCAGUGCAUGAUGGACCAGAGGACUCUGAUGAGACAUGUCCUGGAGGACAGUCGAUUAGUCAGCCUGCAGAGGGAGGGCGGGGCCAUCCUAGCGAGGCUGAGGAAGGAGAGUGACCUCAAAUACCCGCAUUGUGAGAACCUCAGUGACGCAGUGGACUCGGUGACGAGCAUGUACAACCAGGUGGAGGAGCAGGUGCAUGUCCUCGUGCAGAGGUCCAACAUGUCCCUGGAACACCUGGAGUAUCUGCUGCAACUCAGGGAGGUGGAGGGACACUUAAUGCAGAUGCAACAGUGGUUUCACAUAGAAGGAGAGCGCCACCUGCUGGAGGCUGAAUCAGUCAACAACUCUGGAGAACAAAUGGAGCAGAUCCUCAACAGCUUCACUGGUUUCCUUAUAGAAGCGAAUGACCGAAAGCACCAUGCCAUUACGUUGGUGUCGGAGGCAGAGCGACUCCAGCAGAGCGGGUUCCAGUACCCAGAGACGGAGGCCUCCGGGACUCUAGUCAGCACCUUCAAGUCGGGCCUGGAGAGCUUUCUGGUUAGGGCGGAGGCCUGUGGCAGGGAGCUUCAGAUCAUGGUCAACGUGUGUGAUUUUUGUGAGCAGGCUACAGCUCUUGCCAGCGAAUGCAUCGAGUACCUGGGUCAGACUCAACCCAUAAUCCACACACUGCAAGACUGUGACCCGACCACAACACCUGUCAAUCACUCAAUCACUCCGCCAAAACAGCGUCAAAACCAAGACCCCGGACUGAGCACUGCAUCCCGUUGCCCGUCUGAUAUCCGAGCAGCACGUGCCUCAUGCCCAACCACCACCAGGGUUUUUCUGCCAAGCAGUGACACCUCCGUCCUCCAGACUUUUCAAGACAGGUUCCUUCAGUUCAGCACGGAGAAAUUUCUGGAGGUGAAGGCUCAGGCCAGCGCCCUCCAGGGCUCCAGGGGGAUGCAGGUCUGGAACGUAGCCUGGCUGAGAUGCCAGGAGGCCAGGCAGCAGCUCUUCGAGAGGAUGCAGGGUGUGGAGGAGGUUUUCCACAACCAAUCAGAUUCUGACAGCUUGUGUGAACUUCACUAUGUUGAUGUGGUGAGCACCAAUGUUCAGUCGCCGUCCUCCGGUGGCCAGAAUCUGGUGGUACAAUCUACACCCGGGCCUAGACACCCUCAGUGGGAGGGCAUCGUGUCGGGAGCAGUGGAUGUGGGGAAGAGACGGCCAAUCCUGGGCAGGAACAACACAAACUCAACAAAUGUGGCCUGCUGUAACGUCACACCUGAGGAUCACAGUGAUGCUGUAACCAGCCAGGGCUCAAAUGUCACUCCACCCUCUCCUCAAAGGUCAGCGACAAGGAGGAGACAGACGAGCAGAGCGAGGAGUGAGAGAGAUGCUGCGGCUUUGUCUCAGUCCCAGACUGUCGGCUGCCAGUGGUUUCCAUGGGGACGGGGUCUCAGAGCGAGGUCGGUGAGCCAGGACACUUCCUGCACAGGAGAAGCAGCAAAGGAGUUAUCCCCUCCUUCAGAGCAGCCCCUUCGACCCCCGUCGUCCUGCUCCCAUCACGGUCAGCCCUCCUGCCGGAUCCUCCAGGAGGCUCAGAAGUUCCAGAUCUCCCGCCACGGGAGCUUCUGCUCAGCAGAGUCCUGUGAGAGCGACGGGGGGGCAGCCGGGGGUAACAGGAAUUUAUACUGCAAACACUCCAGCUUGCCCACCGGGAGAUGCGAGGAGGCGUUUUGUUUGGCAACUCCACAGGAGAAUGCCAGCAAUGCCCUGAGGCUGCAGCGUGUCAUGGAGGAGCUGGUGUUCACGGAGAGGGAGUACGUACGCUCGCUGGGCUACAUCUUGACCCACUACCUGCCCCUGCUGGACAGACCGGAUAUCCCCCAGGACCUCAGGGGCAAGAGAGGGGUCAUCUUCGGUAACCUGGAGAAGCUUUAUGACUUCCACAGUCAUUACUUCCUUCCCGAGCUGGAGGCCUGCCAAAGGGAGCCUGGCAUGGUGGCCCGCUGCUUUCUCAGACAUAGUGAGAGUUUUGGUCUGUACGCUCUGUACAGCAAGAACAAACCUCUGUCCGAUGCCCUUAUCCUCCACCGUCGCCAUGACAUUUUCAAGAAGAAGCAGCAUGAGCUGGGGGACAUGAUGGACCUUUCAUCGUACCUGCUCAGGCCCAUCCAGAGGAUCAGCAAGUACAGCCUCUUGCUGCAGGAUAUGCUGGCUCUGGCUGGUUCGUACAGGCCAAAAGACAUGAUCCAGGAUACACUGCUCGCAUCCAGUGUGUGCGCACAAAGUGUGUGUGGCCCAGGUUCACGUGUCCCUGAUCUGACGGGCAACGAGCCGGACCGGGAGAGGGCUGAGAUCCAAGCUGCUGCCGAUCUGGUUCGUUUUCAGAUGCGACACGGCAACGAUUUGCUCACCAUGGACGCCAUCCAGGAGUGCGAUGUGAAUUUAAAAGAGCAGGGCCAGCUUGUUCGCCAAGAUGAGUUCACCGUUUUCUUUCGGAAGAAGAAAUGUGUCCGCCGCGUCUUUCUCUUUGAGGAUCUCGUCCUCUUCAGCAAGACCAGGAGGACAGAUAUUGGCAACGAUGUUUAUGUCUACAAGCAGUCAUUUAAGACGAGCGACAUUGGGAUGACCCACAACUCUAGUGUGAACAGCUUGUGUUUUGAGAUCUGGUUUCGCAGAAGAAAACGCCAAGACACCUACACCCUGAAGGCCUCAAGCAUGGAGGUGAAGAAAGUAUGGACCACCGACCUGGAGAGGAUUCUGUGGAAUCAAGCCACGCACAGUCGAGAGCUGCGCAUGCAGGAGAGGGUGUUCAUGGGAAUGGGCCGUAAACCCUUCAUGGACAUUCAACCCAGCGAUGCUGCCAUCUCCGACCGAGCGGUCAGCUGCGCUCUGGCCGGGAGAAUCCCUGUGGCCUGUUGUUCACGCAGGGGCGUAGACUUUCCAAGGCCACAGUCCAUCGGCUCAGGCAGCACCGCCUCCACCAACCUCAGCCAAUCAUCUUCCUCCUCUGGACGAGGCUCGCUGCCCCCUGCUGGUUAUCCCGGGAACCAGUCCCAGGGUUUGGAGAGCGGCUCUGCUGUCUGCUCCUCCCCCGAGAGUACAGCUGAAAAUGAACUCAACAUUUAUCAUCUUCGUCAGCAUCCUCUUUGUCGUAAUUAUGAACAAUGGAAGAGUCAUCAUCCCCUGGGAUCUGAAUCAUCCAGAGAAUGCAUGGACCUCUUUAGCAGCUCGGAUCGCAGCCGUCUGUCUGCUAUUGGUGGAGAGCUAAUUGUAUCCCAGAGUUCAAAACCCCUUCCACCACUUGGUCGGACCCCCGGCCUAAGGGAGAGAGACAGCUCACCUUUGGUUAACAGAAAAAACCAAGGAGGGGUCCACCAACCUCCACAUCUGGCUAACACUCAGGUGGAUGACAUUAUUAUUGGAAAAUCAACAGAAGUUUAACACUGGAUUACCUGUGGGAGAUCAUCUACUGCAGCUGUUCUGGUCCUGUGGGUGAUCCGAUGGCCACCAGACGUCAUUUGAUGACCACUGCCUGAUCAGUCAGCUUUGUCUCGACAAAAUUGUUUUAAUGAUUUACUGAAGCAAUUGAGGUUUGAUGUGUUGGUAUCAUGUGUCAGUCAUUCAAAUGUGUCUGUCUUAUAUCAGAAGGUUCCUUCUUUUUCUCCACACUGCUGCUGUACAUUUGUUUUUUAUCUCUCCGCCUCUGAGAUUAUUACAGUAGUUCUGUAUUUGUCAGAUGGGAUUGACCACUUGCAUAUGUGUUUUCACAUCUGGAUUUUAACUGCUCUGUAACCCAUGCAUUUAAUACAGAGAGUAAAUAUUUAAAAUAUGAUGCUGUCUACACGUGUAACAGAUACAGUAGAUGAAAAACACCUUUCGUUUUUAGGAUCCACUAAUGGUUCCAUACCAACAUCCCACAACAAAGAAUAUUUCCUGAUUAUUUUGUUGACAAAAGAUUAAUGAAUCAGUGCAUAAGGUCAUCUUGUGAUCUUCAAGCCACUCACCUUUUUUCGUUUUGUUGAUAUGUUAAUGUUUUUUUAUUUGUAUCAUGAGGUUGCUUCCGUCUCAGCUGACAGACUGCAGUAAAAUGAAGAUAUGUCCCAGACUGUGAUGAUGUUUCCCUUCCUUUUUCCAAAGACAGUCAUUUCCAUGAAGGACAGAGGUAAACACUUGCAAAAGGUUUAAUUUCACCUUGGUGCAGGUUUCAGUUUGGUGCAGGACCCGACUGCAUUUAAAACCACUUCUUCAGUUCUGUAUUUCAUGUUUCAUUGGUAUUCCUCUGGCUAAUAAGCUUUAAUAUGGCCAUUUUGUUGAAUAAUAAUAGUAAAUAUAGACCCACAUCCUCUUUUAUUGAGUCUGCAUCCAUUUGCUUUUUUUGUCAGAAAAACACAGACACUCAAGUUGCAGUUUCAUGACCUUUGUACAACAUGUCCCAGUGGCUGAAAGAUGUAAAAGGGAGAAUCCUAUUAUAUGGCCUGAGAUAUGUCACAUAGUUUACUGCCUUGCGACAAAAACAGCUGCUAAGUUGCAGAUAUGUGUUAAUGUAUGGUGUGUAAUUUACUUCUUUACAUUAUAGAAUUUACAAUUUGUGAUUAAUGUUAACUGAUAGUAUUUAUAUUAUUAUUUGAAUCAUAAAUUGAUGAAGAAUAUUGUGCAGCUACAAAAAAAGUUGACUAUAAUGACUAAAUUGACUAUAAGGCAUCUGGUACCUGUGAAUCUGUUCAUUGCUUUGUGUUAUAUUCUAUAUUAUGUGAUGCACACACACAAAAGAUUAAAAACUGAAACACAAUAUUUUUGGAGGUUGGUGUAAAAUGUAUUAAUAAAGGGGAAUAAGUAUUAGAAGUAUUAAAUACAUAAUUGUCAGAUGAGGGCUCCAAGAUCAGGUUGCAACGACUAUAAAUAGAGGUGUUGUUACACUGCAGAUGAGCACAGGCUUUACAUUCUUUAUAUGUUGAGUAAAAAUAUAGAACUAAGCCUGAAUAGAAAAGUGUCUAGUUAGAUUUUGAAUGUGUACAGUUUUGGACCCCAAGUCUGCUCAUUUUAGAGAGCAGGACAGCAGUGAAUGAGGAAACCACAAACCUGGAUCUUAUGUUCAUAACUAGAUCAGCUUCUCGCCAGCAAGUCAGAAAUAUACCGAGGAGCCAAACCAUGACAUGUUUUAUUGACCAUUAGCAAGAGCUUAAAGGAAUAUUCUGUAUUGUACUGGAACCAAUGAAGGGAUUUCAUCACUGAGAAAUUAGUUUUUUUGUGCAUGUGUAAAUAUUAGGCUGCUACAUUUUAAACGCAUAGGAGCUCAUUUGAUGUAUUUCUAGGAUAUUUUAUUUUAGUUGGAUGCAGUCAGACAGGAUAGAAAAGGAAAGUCCAAGACUUGAUCAAGCAAUUGUAAUUAAGUCAUCAAUACCAGGAAGACCCUUUUG